UGUUACCCUAUUUUAUUUAGCGUAUAUUAUUAUUAUCAGAUUAGAUACGUUCUACGACCCAAAUCGGUUGAGUUUUCACUUAGUUGAGCGAAAACAUGAUGGCUGAAUCUGAAAACAUGAAACGGGUCAAAGUAGUAAAUGAAAGCUCUCCUGCUGUCAUUGUAGAAGAGACAAUUCCCGCUGGAAAUGAAUCUUUCUCAUUUUACCCUCAGGCAGAAAAAGUUGCUUCCAACCAAGACCUUCUGAUGGAAAUCCUCUUUCGCUUACCAGUGAGAUCAUUACUUCGGUUUAAGAUUGUUUCCAAAGACUGGUACUCUAUCGUUGUAAGUCCUGGCUUCAGAAGCAAACUUCUCAGCCGACCUAAACGUGAACCCCCUUCAGGUCUGUUCGUCCCGCUGCUUCGGAAAAAAAUACCACACCUUGAAUGUGACUUUGUCCCGUUUGACAUUGAAAAUCCAGGAAAAGCCCCUUUCAGAACCCCCAACUUCGAUCCAGAUGUUAAGAGAAUUGAUAUUGAGCAUUCUUCUAAUGGCUUACUGUUGUGUUCUAGUAAGACCAGGGAUUUGACUAACAGGUAUGGGUUUACCCACAAAUAUUACAUGUACAAUCCAACGACCAAUCAAUCCAUUACGCUUCCUAAACUUGAAAAUUAUGAUAACUCUAAGCGUUUAGGUAUGACCAUAGCUUUUGAUCCUUCAAAAUCACCUCACUAUAAAGUCGUAUAUGUUUGUGGCCUUGGAACGGAUCGUCGUGCUGGUGUGACUGGUUACCAGAUAGAAACAUAUUCCUCAGAAACUCGCACUUGCAAGGUAUCAUAUGAAUUAGCUCUUGAUGAAGAGAUUGAUAUAUAUUUUGGUGCUGGUGUUUAUUGGAACAAUGCCAUUCAUUGGAUUCACCAUACGGGGUUUGUGCUGUAUUUCAAUUUGGAAAAAGAGGUUGUUGAUCAUGUACUCACUCCUGGUGCACAUCAGCGCGUGGAUCCUGAAAGCUAUACAAGUUAUAUGUACGAGUCUUGUGAUCACCUCCUUGUCGCUCAAAUCCGUAAUGCCCUGAAUACAGAAUUUAAUAUUUUCGAAUCAAAGAGAGAUUAUUCAUCAUGGAUUGUGAAAUACCGUGUUGAUAUUGAUGGGUUGCGCCGACCAUACCCUGAAAUCAUCUUUGAUCAUAACAAUCCUCGUACAUUUUGUUUUACUUUGCUAUCUAUUGUGCUGGGUGAAAAAGACAAUGAUGAUGAUUCAUUCUUGGUACUAGAAAUAGGGGAUGAAUUAAAAAAAGCUGUUAGAUUCAACUUGUCAUCUAAGACUUCUCACAAGCUCCUUGAUUUUACUGCUUUUCCCCAUUCUAUCCGCUCUAUUGACUUCGACGGGAUAUACGUUCACAACCCAAAUACUUUCCAGUUUACAGAGUCUCUCUACAAUGUUUGAAGCAUCUAUGGCUCUGGGUGUUGCGAGGUAGAAUUGGCUAGAAUCAAAGUGAAGGCGUAAUGGUGGAAUGAUUUGUGCCAUUUUUGUUGGUGUUGGUGCAAGUGCUUAUUAGACUUUUGCUAUGAUACCACGUUCGAUAAUGAUCACGUUGGAUGUUGUGAAAUAGUUAAAUGUGUAGUUGUGUCAAAAUGGAUUUUAUGGUAGCAGUGGCAUAUGUAUUGUGAAUGAUUCUGCAAACCUUGGAUGUAUGAAAUGGUCGUUUGCAUGCUAAAACAGGUGGUUUGAAAACUGCCAAAAGAACAA